AUGUCCGUCAACCCUGCCACGCCCCGGAGGGACACCUCUUUAUUGCCCACAACGACCACCCCACAAACAACUCGCGUUGCACAUUCGCACGUCGUCCAAUCGUCACCUCAUUAUCAAACAACAAGGCGUCACUCCCUCUACGGCACGGAGGACAGGAUCAUACUUGACCCAGGCUCGCGUGUUUGGAAGGUCGGCUUCAGUGGUGAAGGCAAGCCCCGAGACGUCUUCUGCGCUGGGGGUGAGAGCGGACACGCGCUUUGGACUUUGAACCGCGCUCUCAAGACUGCAGAGAGGGAGGAGGAGGAUCGUAUACUCGAGGCCAAGCUUGAAGGAUGUCUCCGCUCCGUCUUCCACAAUUCUCUCCUCACAGACCCCAAGUCACGAAAAGUGAUCUUGGUUGAGCAUCCGUUGCUCCCACUUCACCUCAAAGAAAUCAUGGCCCGAAUCCUGUUCAACAACUUGCAGGUGCCCUCCAUCUCCUUCGCAUCAAGCCAUCUCCUUGCUUUACUGGCGUCUGGACGUGUCACAGGACUCGUUCUUGACUGCGGUCACCUAGAAUCCACCGUUCUCCCUAUAUUCUCCUGCCGCCCCCUCUACCCUCACCUCCGCACUACCCCUCUCGCGGGAGAACGCCUAUCCUCACAUCUCAAAGCUCUGCUCCUCAUGUUCGGCACCUACAUCCCACCAGCAACAUCCUUGAGCGCAGCAAUGAACAUCCCCGCUGCAACACGCUCGACCCGCGUGCCCGAAGACGUCCUCACCGAACGCGUUAUCGACGACAUAAAGACCCGGAUAUGCUUCGUUGGCGACCCGCUCGAGCCCGCCGAAGGUGCAGGUACAAUGUCGCCCGGUCCUGGAGACGGCUCCAGCGAGAUCGACCUUCCCCCAAGCGACCCGGCGCUGUCGGAGAGCGAGUUCUCGCGCGUGAGUGCGGACAUCGACCGGGACAGCAACUUCUCGAGUAGGCACGCCGCAAGCUCCGAGUUCUCCGUCGUGUCGCACUCGCAGCUGCCCGGGCUCGACGGCGGGCGCGGGCGCGCAGGCGAGAGCCACAUCCAGGCUCUCGCGCGCAUGUACGGGCGGCACUCUACCGCAACGGACAUCCAUCUCCGCGUCGACCCCCCACCAGCGCAGCAGACGGGCACGGGGCGGGGCACGCUGAUCGUGCCCGGGUGGGUCCGCGAACGCGCGGCGGAGGUGCUUUUCGAGGGUGGCGACGUCGACGAGAGUAGUGUCGCGGAGGUCAUUCUUGACUGCCUACUCAAAGCCCCCGUUGACCUCCGCAAGACCCUCGCGUCCUCGAUCCUCGUCAUUGGCGGCACGCCCAUGCUCCCCGGCUUCAUCCCCCGGCUCCAGGCCGAGCUCACCCGCGCCGUCUCCGCGCCCCCCUCCCCCACCGCGCCGUCCACCCCCCGCGGCCGUCCCGCCCCAGGCGCGUACGACCGCUACGCGCCCCUCCGCCCGCUCCUCCCCUUCUUCGCAAUCGUGAACGACCCCGCGCCGCCGCCACCCGCGAGCGUGCCCGCGGCGACGAACGCGGGGCGCGCGCCCGCGUUCACGCCCACGGCGCUCGCCUGGAUCGGCGGCUCGCUCGCGGGCGCGCUGAAGACCGGCGGCGCGGAGGUCGCGCGCGAGCGGUGGGACGAGGCCGAGGCGGGGCGCGAUGGGGACGGGGAGGGCGACGCGGACGAAGAUGGGGACGGGGACGUGCCGAUGGGCGCGGGGGCGCGGGGGUCGCCGGCGAAACACAUCUUGCCGGACUGGACGAGGACGCCGUUGCCGGUGGGCGCGCCCGCAGCGCCGAGGGCAGCGCCGCCGCCGCCGCUGCAGGCGCAGUCGGUCGCGGGUUGA